UAGAUAGUUGAACUUAGAUCUUAUUAGAGAUAUCGGUGCAAGCGUGCAUUGCUUAGUUGGCGAUGCUUAUCUUCGGGGGUUAUUGGGCCUCAAUUCAGAGCAUCUUUAGAUGUUUUCUCCAUUCUUAGCGAUGCGCUAGCGGCGGAUUGAGAGACGAGUUCAUAGAGACUACCUUUCUCUUGAGUCCUUGUGAUAGACCGAUAAUUACACAUAUUUUCAACCCUAUUCUUGAGCCGUUUGGGAGGUUGACUCUCGGGUUUUAAACUGAUUUCACGCGAGGUUGUGUGUUUAUGUCGUAUUUCAGGACCCGGCGUUGGAAUCGAGGCGAAGGAACGAGAUUCGGGUCGAAAGGAGCAAGUGAGGCUUGAAGUGUGCUGGAGGAAGAAAAUACCCGGCCAUGACCGAAAAUACCCGGCCGGGUAUUAUUCUGAGGAGGCCGGGUAUUUGCUGUUUUGGCGUCUGAGAAACAGAGAGGGUCCCGGGCUGGAGGCACAAAAUCCCCGACCGGGGAUUAUUGGAUGAGACCGGGUAUUUUUCCCCUGGGCAAAACGUGUGUUUCAACUAUACCCGGUCGAGACCCAAAAUACCCGACUGGGUAUCGCGACAGGCCGCUGUUUUAAGGGAAAAGAAGGCUGAAAAUCAAAAGAUUCGAGUUUUAGAGAGACAGAGCGAUUCCUAGAGAGAGAAAGCAACGAACAAGAGUUCCCAAGUGCCCUAGCUUGAUCUUCAUCACCAUUGGAGCUUGGCUUGAGCUUGGAGAAGUGCCGAUCAACGUCCAGGAGCAGGAAUCCAUCCUUCACAGUAUGAAUUCCGCGUCUGAUUCUGCUUUUGCUUCUUUCUCCAUGGAGUAGUUCUCCCAUUCAUCUGGGUAUGGAGAACCCUAGAUUUGUAUGUUAGGUUUGAUUGUAUGAACCCAAGUACUGAUUCUAUGAUUUGAUUAUAUUCAAUUGAGGUUGGAAUGAUUGAAUGGCAUGAAUCCUGAUCAAAUUCCUGUUGUUUCUGCUUUAACCUAGAAUGAGAAUAUCUGCCUAGGUUGAUAGAGCAUACUUGAUUCAAGGUAGGGAGUUGGUGACUUUAGUCGAAGAGCCAACUCACUAUUCUGUACCGAAUUCACUUCGGUAGUGGAGGUUUUGUUCGUAGGGCCUCAAUCUGUUUACUCCGGUGGAGGUUAGUCGCCCGCUAGAGACUCAGAUUGAGAGGGUCUGGAGACCUUUAGUCGAGACUUCAGGCUGGUUAAGAACCUUCCGCAGUAUAACUAUCAUAGAAACUGAACUUGGUAAUUGCAAUCCGGCUUAACUGCAGUCUAGGGGGAACCAUAUUCGGGUGACCUCUCUUAACCUGAAUACAACCGUUUACUUGCUUUGUUUGUCUGUUAGUUUAGACCUGCACUAAAGUUUCAUUGCUAGAUAACAAGAAUUCACUGAGUAGUCAUCAAAUCUAGGACCAGGGUUGACAUUAAAACCCAAACCCACUAUACUACGCUUUAGGAAGUGGUUUCACUUGGCCAUUUUCUAGAGUGACAGUAGGAGUGAGUCAAGUUUUUGGCGCCUUUGCCGGGGACGGCUAGGUUGUUGAAGAAAAGUGAUUUCUGUUACUUUAGCACUUUCGUUUUCGCAUUGACUGUUUGUUCUUUCCCACUUGUGCCUUCACAGGUUUGCUUGCUUGAUUGUGUGCAGGUAGUGCAUGACCCGUAGCCAGUUGGGAGGUUUACUGCCGUUGAAUCCGGAGAUUGAACGCACCUGUCGCCAACUCAGGAGACAACAGCGAGCUAGACUAGCUACGGCGGAGCGCAUAGACAGCCAUUUGAGCAGCGAGUCCGAGGACGAAUACGUGAUGGAAGGAGAACACAACCCACCCCCGGGGAAUCCUCUCCAGGUUCCCCCGGUGAAUCAUCUCUUGGGGAACAACCCCAUACCUCAGGAAGAUGGGGUUCAUCAUCACCCACCACCACCGGGUCCCACUUUGGAGUACUACUACACUCCACGGAUUGCUGACAUCUGCUCGGUCAUCCUCUAUCCACCCAUUCCAGCAAACAACUUCGAGAUCAAGUCAUGCUAGAUUCAACUCAUUACAUCCUCUAUCCAGUUCCAUGGCUUGAAGGAUGAGGAGGCCAGGGUGCAUCUUUCCCGUUUUCUGCAGCUGACGAACGGGUUCAAGCUGAAUGGUGUCCCUGAUGAUGCAAUCCGCCUUCAUCUAUUCCCCCAUUCUCUGGCGUAGUAUGCUAAGAGG